AUGGCAGAUGAUGAGUACAGCUGGGAGGGGUUCACCCUUCACGGCCUGUUCCAGCAGGCUGCGGCUCAGCAUCCACACAAGACGGCUGCCGUGUUUGACAACGGACACGACACGACGGUAGUGACGUACUGCGAGCUAGCGCAGGCUGCUGACGACCUGUGCUCCCUCCUGAGGACUGUCGUGCCAGACAUCCGAGGACAGUCUGUUGGGCUGUACGCAAAGACAGCACUAAACCUCCCGCUCUGGGUUAUCAGUAUUCUGCAGCUGCCAGCAUGUCUGGUACCAAUAGAUCCAGACUCACCCCAUCAGUUGAACAACAUCCAUGUUCCCUACAUCCUGGUUCAACUGGAACACAUGCAGGGGUUCCUGCAGAAUUGCUCCCCUCUCCAGGUGUCCACAGUUACCUCCCCCUCCCUGCUGCAACAUGGACUGUUCCUGGUCAGGGUACUGGGCACAGCUCCAACCAGAUGCAGGAGUUUCCUGGCCUACACACUACAGACCUCAGGAACUACAGGCCAGCCCAAAACUGUGGGGGUUCCUCACAGCUGUAUUGUGCCAAACAUCCUACAUCUCAGGUCUCUGUUUGAGGUCACAGCCCAUGAUGUCAUCUUUAGUGCCUCACCCCUGACCUUUGACCCUUGUAUAGUGGAGCUGUUCCUGGCCCUGUCCUGUGGAGCGUCAUUACUGAUGGUUCCAGACAGGGUGAAGAAAGCACCCAAGUUCCUGGCAGAUGUUAUUGUCAGGAGACAACAAGUCACAGUUUUACAGGCGACCCCGAGUCUUGUGCGCAGGUUUGGACCAGAGCUGCUUCAGACACGGGUACUCGGUGCAGAUUCUUCCCUGCGGCUUCUUGCGUUUGGCGGGGAGGAGUGUCCGGUACCCGCCGACAUCCGCGCCUGGAGAGGCCCCGGCAACGCGACCCAGUUCUACAACAUCUACGGCAUCACCGAGGUGUCGUCAUGGGCAACGCUCUAUAGAAUUCCUGAGGAACACAUCAGCACAGGCGACAGUUCCAGAGUGCCUCUAGGCCAGCCUCUUCUAGGUACUAAACUGGAGGUCAGGAACACAGAGGGGAAACCUGUGUCAGAGGGGCGAGGGGUGCUGUACAUUGGUGGUGGCCACAGGCGUUGUUACCUGGACGGUGAAGAUGUGACGCUAUCCUCAGACAUUAUUAUGCGGUCGUCAGGGGAUAUCAUCGAUCACCAUGGCGAUGAUUUAGUCUUCUGUGGUCGCCUUGACGACCAGGUGAAACGCAACGGAAAACGGGUAGACUUGAGGUGGAUAGAACAGGUGGGCUGCAGGUUGGAUGGAGUGGAGGCCUGUGUUGCUGUGAUGGACAGGAAAGACAGACUCCUGCUGUUUGUCGUCCUGUCAGCUGUCAACUCUCGGGGUCAAGGUCGUGAUGAGGACGUCCUGCAGGCUCUGAGGGCAGAGCUGCCCACCCACACUGUACCUGACAAGGUCAUGGAGGUGACGGAGUUGCCAGUUACCAGACAUGGAAAAGUUGACAAGGAAGCAUUGCUGCUAUCUGCACAACUAGAACCACCUCUGACAGUGGACCGUGACACUGAUAUGCACCAGUGUGUAUGUGAUCUUUGGCAGCGAUCUGGGGGAACCCUGACAACAGACCAGGAGGAGAACCAGACGUUGUCGUUCCUGUCCAGUGGAGGAGACUCCCUCACAGCAGUCCAGCUGGCAGAAAACCUGCAGGACACAUUCAGACACACCUUUCCUCACGCCCUGGACAUCAUCUUACAUCAGACCUUAGGAGACCUCGUGAGAUAUGCACAGUCUGUAUUACAGGAAAAGAACAACGUCCAAAUCAACGAACCUUCCAGUUCAAAAUUAGAGAUUACACAAGAACAUAUACUACAUAAGGGACAAUCUAGUUCCAGAAAAAUGUCUGGAGAAGACAAAAAGUCUCAGGAGAAGAGAUCUGUGAUCAGACAUUCAGGUGAGCAGCUGCCAAAGAAGAUGAAGACAUCUGAAGACAGUGUUCUAAGACCGGUCCAUAAAAGAACACAGGUGUCACAAGAUGUUAGUAGAACUAACUGUGCUUUAGCUGUGCAGAGAGGUUCCCAAACUGUUUGUCUCCAACCCAGCAUAGAGGAGAAUGGACAAGUUCACUGCGUAGCACCAGAUGUUACAUCGUCAACUGCAGCUAGGGAAGAUGUCAGUUGCUUAGCAACAGAAGCCACUGUUUCCAUGGAGACAGGGUGGACAUGUGACACAGGAAAAUGUGUGGACGCCUCGCCACUUCUAAUCACUGAUGUCAGUUGGUACCCAGCAGGGGUUGUGUUCAUCGGCUCACACUCCCACAGGUUUUGUGCAGUUGCCAUGGAUACAGGGGACCUGUUGUGGGACACAGAGCUGGGGGACAGGGUUGAAUCCUCAGCCUGUUGUUCUACUGAUGGGGAACUCAUCAUUGUGGGUUGCUAUGACAACUGUGUCUACGUUCUCGAGUCGCGGACGGGGGCGAUACGAUGGCGUUACCACACAGGAGGUGCAGUGAAGUCUAGCCCUUGCCUGGAUACGAAAUCUUCGAUUGUCUUUGUUGGGUCACAUGAUCAGCACGUGCACGCUCUGGAUCUGAAGGCUCAGUGCUGUGUGUGGAAGACCCACUGUGGUGGAGGUUCUGUGUUCUCCUCACCAUGCCUGGGGUCCAGUCCCAGACUGCUGUGUGUGGGAACACUGACAGGCAUACUGAUCGCCAUCAACCCGGAUACAGGUGCUGUUCUAUGGCGCACUGCCUGCCCCAAGCCCAUCUUCUCUUCCCCUCGUAUCACAUCGCGGUGGAUCUACGUGGGAUGUGUGGAUGGAGAACUGUACUGCGUGGAUCACCGUGGCAACAUCACCUGGAGUUUCACGACCGCCGGCCCCAUCUUCUCAUCUCCAUCUUUAUCAUCAUCAUCAUCAACAAGUGACGUUUUGGAGGGACAGGAUGUGAUUGUUGUGGGGUCACAUGAUCACCAUGUGUACUGUCUAACAGCCCAAGGUCAUCUCAGGUGGAAGUUUGAAACAGACUCAGCUGUGUACGCCACACCCUUUGUCUUUCACCUUCAUGCAGGCUCCACAACAGUCUUAGAGUCUAGCGAAAUCUUAAACCAGAAACAGUCUCCUAACAUGUCUCAUUCACCAGUGCCUUCAGUUGACGCUAUAGCCAAAGUGAGAACUAAAAAGGACAGCACCACAGCUGUCAGUACAUCUCAAGGUCACCCAUGCGUGGCUGUUGCUUCCACCAAGGGCACACUGUACAUUUUGACCUUGGACUCAGGAAGCUGUCUGUCCACCCUGACGCUGCCGGGAGAAGUUUUCUCCUCUCCUGUUGUCUGGGGAGACCUGCUGGUUGUAGGCUGCAGGGAUGACCUGGUCUAUGGGGUAAAGGUCAGGAGUCAUACAGGUCAAAGGACAGAGGUCACCAAUUCUGUGACAUAAAUGAUUAAUUGAUGUACGAGUAGUAUUUUUUUACUUUUUAAUAACUUUUACUGUCAAAAUUAAGAUGGCAAUAAUAGUGUUGAAGAGUACUGACAUAUAUCAUAACUAUGUCACUAAAGGUCCUGAGUCUGCGCUUUGAUUAUUUUUUGCCAUUCUGGAUUUUAUAGCCCAUACUCUUUCUUGUGAGGAACCUUAAUGUGUAAUAGCCGAAAGGAGCAGUAAGCAUUAAGUACUGUCUUCAAUUCUUAGACUAUGCCUAUGGACCCGAUUUUGUAAUUUGGUGAAUUUCCUCAAAGUAAAAGAAAAUAAAUAUGAUAGGAAUUGAAAAUAUUCAUUGAUUAUAUUGCUAUCAUAUUAAGAUUGUGUAAUAUGAUUUGUAGAAAUAUUAAUAGCCCUUCAAUUGUUACAUUUGUAUAGAAAAAUAUUAUUUUUG